ACCGUGCCAAGAUACAAGACUCCCUUCGAUUUACCACCACCUCCUCAUUCCCAACGGAUGGCACCGCUGACAGCGUCCACAGCCAGGGCUGCGGGCCACAUGACGGCGCUAACCACACCUCCACGCCAUGGUCGUAAACCCUCAGGAUGUAUAAAUGAGGGAACAAAAAGGAGAAGAAGAACAAGCUGACCAGACCAGAUGAAGAUGGAGCUCACCGGGGUUAACUGGGUGUUCGCAGCUGCAGGGUUUCUCCUGUGGACCAGCGGUGGCUCGGCUGCACCUAUGGAGUGCCACUUCAACUCCAGAGCUCUGUGUGAAUUUGAGGGGAGACACUACUCGCUGGGUGAGACCUGGAUGGACAAUGCCUGCAUGCAGUGCACCUGUCUGCACCCUGUCGGGGUCGGUUGCUGCGAGACGGUGCAUCGGCCGGUGGACUUCCCAGCGUGGUGUGAGGUUCGGGUUGAGCCAGUGACCUGCAAAGUGUUUCUGGUCCAGACAGCAGACCCCCGCCUGCCCUGCUCCCCUGGAGAAGCAAACCGGGACCCGAGCCACGGAUCUCUUCAGCUGCACCAACAGCUCGAGGGCUAGAGAGUCACGCAGACCAGCAGCUAUAACUUCAGUCUGUUUGUCUGUGAAGGCGAUACUCACUACAGUUAAACAUCAGUAACCACUUUAUACACAUACUGGACAAAUAGAACAACAGCACCUGUAACCUUCAGGUUGUUAAUCAAUGUUGGAAAUGUGAGUGAAAUUUGUCUGUGAAAGAAUAUUUACGUAAAACUGCUGCAUUUUCCACCAAAUAAUGAACGUUAGCAAAUUUCGGAAAUUUAUAUCUUAUUUUGAUGAAACAUCUUUUUAAAGUGCACGUUCAGUAUCAGCUAUCAUCGUAAGCAGUUUCACCACACACAGCUAAACAACUUCAUUUUAAUUCUACAUGCUUAAAAAAUCUGUAUAUUAAACCAAAUGCCAUUUUUAAUUAAUCCAAUAAUGAAUAAUUGUAAAUAUCAGCGAAAAUAUAUGUACAUUAAUAUAUAUUUCUGUUGACUUUGACCUGUUUUCUGCUGUAACUCAUUUAACCUCUGAAUAAAAGGACUGUU